ACAAUUAGUAGGCCUGCGUCUUGUGACCGUAGCGUACGUGUAGGUAUGUACGGCAGGACCAAAUCGUAAAGAUAGGUAGGAGCAAGCCCAUGUAAUGCUUUGUAGGUUAGCAGUAAAACUUUGAAAUCAGCCCUUGCCUUAACAGGAAGCCAGUGUAGGGAGGCUAGCACUGGAGUAAUAUGAUACAUUUUUUGGGUUCUAGUCAGGAUUCUAGCAGCCGUAUUUACCACUAACUGAAGUUUAUUUAGUGCUUUUUCGGGUAGCCGGAAAGUAGAGCAUUGCAGUAGUCUAUCCUAGAAGUAACAAAAGCAUGGAUUAAUUUUUCUGCAAUAUUUUUGGACAGAAAGUUUCAGAUUUUUGCAAUGUUACGUAGAUGGAAAAAAGCUGUCCUUGAAACAGUCUUGAUAUGUUUGUCAAAAGAGAGAUUAGGGUUCAGAGUAACGCCAAGGUCCUUCACAGUUUUGUUUGAGACGACUGUACAACCAUCAAGAUUAAUUGUCAGAUUCAACAGGAGAUCUCUUUGUUUCUUGGGACCUAGAACAAGCAUCUCUGUUUUGUCCGAGUUUAAAAGUAGAAAGUUUGCAGCCAUCCACUUCCUUAUGUCUGAAACACAGGCUUCUAGCGAGGGCAAUUUUGGGGCUUCAUCAUGUUUCAUUGAAAUGUACACCUGUGUGUCAUCCGCAUAGCAGUGAAAGUUAACAUUAUGUUUUCAAAUGACAUCCCCAAGAGGUAAAAUAUAUAGUGAAAACAAUAGUGGUCCUAAAAUGGAUCCUUGAGGAACACCGAAAUCAUUCACAGAGACAAAGUGAUAUCUUUUCAACAGAUAGAAUCUACACCAGGCCAGAACUUGUCCGUGUAGACCAAUUUGGGUUUCCAAUCUCUCCAAAAGAAUGUGGUGAUCGAUGGUAUCAAAAGUAGCACUAAGGUCUAGGAGCACGAGGACAGAUGCAGAGCCUCGGUCUGACCCCAUUAAAGGUAAUUUACCACCUUCACAAGUGCAGUCUCAGUGCUAUGAUGGGGUCUAAAACCAGAAUGAAGCAUUUCGUAUACAUUGUUUGUCUUCAGGAAGGCAGUGAGUUGCUGCGCAACAGCUUUUUCAAUUUUUUUUGAGAGGAAUGGAAGAUUCGAUAUAGGCCGAUAGUUUUUAAAUAUUUUUUGGGUCAAGGUUUGGCUUUUUCAAGAGAGGCUGUAUUACUGCCACUUUUAGUGAGUUUGGUACACAUCCGGAGGAUAGAGAGACGUUUAUUAUGUUCAACAUAGGAGGGCCAAGCACAGGAAGCAGCUCUUUCAGUAGUUUAGUUGGAAUAGGGUCCAGUAUGCAGCUUGAAGGUUUAGAGGCCAUGAUUAUUUUCAUCAUUUUGUCAAGAGAUAUAGUACUAAAACACUUGAGUACAACAACAUUACAACAACAUUAUUUGAAGGUUUCAUCAUUAUAAAUGCAUUUAACCAGCAUACACACACCAAUAAAUACAUUUACGCUAGCUCUCUUUUGUCUCAACACUUUCGGUACAAAAUACCUCAGGUUAAAAUUCAUCUAUGAACAUCUAUAGGGAACAGCCCAUAAGUACCAUGACAUGCAUUAUGCAUGUCAUUUCUCUCAUAGCUAUGGUGUUUCACUAACAACGACUGUGUACUGCACGCUGAGGAAUAAACUGGCCCCAUCAGGAAAUAAUCAGGGAUGGAGGGAAGGAAUUACAGGGAUAGAGGUAGAUGAGGAAUGCAUUUAUCAGCAGGUAAGAGAGCUGGAGGGAGGGUAAAAGGAAAGGGGGAGUGUGGGAAUUGAGGAGAGAUGGAUGAAGCUGAGAGAAGAGAGGAGGAGGAUAGAAGGAGUACAAAUAUUUGAUCUGGUCUGUGCUCAUGGGUGCUUUGUGAAGUAAUACUACUACAAUAUGUUACUACAACACUCUCUACAAACAUGUGAAGUUGAGUGUGUGUGUGUGGGUGUGUGUGUGUGUGUGUCUGUUUCUGGAGGGAGGGCCCUGGUGGUCAAAAGUAGUGCACUAUAUAAGGAAUAGGGUGCCAUUUGGCAUGCAAGCUCAGUAGACGGAGGGCUGGGGCUGUAGACUAAUGAGGCUGAAAAUAGAGAAUGAGAACCAGUCAAUAGAGAAUGAGAGCCAGUGGGUGACGACCCGUCAGAGUGUGUGUGUCUGUAUCAGUGUGUGUAUGUCUUGUGUAAUAAAUCCCAUCUACAAUUCAAUCCAAUUACACAUUACGAUAUGUAUUUCUAUUGAAAGUAUCUGGUGUUCUAAAAAACAAAUCCUAAAAUAUAGGGGUAAUGUGUAUGAAUGUCCCCUCCUCACUGUAACGUCCAUCCCGGUCACUCUAACCUGGCUCCUCCCUCUGUUCUGUUUGAACUAGCGUGACCACACAGAUAACAGGAUCACUAUCAGCUGUCUGUCAGGGAGAGAAAGGGAAAAAAAUUGACUAAAUGAAAAUGUACUACAAGUGUAAUUUUGCCCUGUCACAUUUAUUGAGGAUCCAGAGAGAGAGAGAGAGAGAAAGGAAGAGAGAGUCUCACAACUUCUUGGCACAUUGUGAGAAAACAAACAUGGCGAGGCAGGGCGUGGGUCGUCUCUCUCAUUCCGUCUGUUUGGUAUUGACAUGUCUGUCCCUGGCUCUCCACCUCAUCCUGGCCCUCUUCUGUCUCUCCGUCCUGCAAACAUCCUGCGUUAUCCCCCCCCCCUCCUCCUGUUCCUCCUCUUUUCCUGGAACUAUUCCCCAUGGAAAACAGGGGAGAUCUCACCCCCUUUCCUCACAAAGCAGCUCACACAAAUUACCAGUUAGUCGCAUGAAUGGAGACUUUACCAAAAUGGCCGCCCACAUAGACCACAAGGUGGAGGCCUCAGUCAACAUUGUCAAUGAGAAGGAGAAGGACAAAAAGCUGAUUCAAACCAAAAUGGCCACCAAAGUGAGCCAACGGGUCAGCAGUCGCUCCAAGCUGGAGGCCCUCUUCAGCCACCCGCUGUACAACCUGCCGCGCAAACAUCUGCUGGAAGACGAUUGGCUGCUGAAGUUGAAGCCAAAGAACAAGGGAGGGGACAGUGAAGAGGAAGAUGAGGAGGAGGACAGUGACAAAAGCAGUGAAGAUAGUGAGUGGCAGAGUGACAGCGAGGAGGAUGGCUAUGACCGAGCUAAUUGGACGAGAAGUGCGGACACCCACCCUGCCUGGCUGAGGUACCACCUUGGGAUCUCUCGCUGGGAGCUGUAUGACAGAAAUGACCCUAGCGUUGCCGAGGUGACUCAACAGAUGGCCACACAACGCAUCCUCAGCGCAGUGCAGAAGAGUGGGGGUACCCAGCUCAAGCUGAUCAUGUCAUUCCCCAACUACGGACAGGCCCUCCUCAAACCCAUGAGGCAGGAGAGAGAUGCAGAGACAGACUUCAACCUGUUCUACUUCUCUGACUUUGAGAGACACAACGCAGAGAUUGCUGCCUUCCACCUAGACAGGGUGCUAGGUUUCUGUAGAAUCCCUCCAGUGGUAGGUAGACUCAUCAACAUAACCACGGAGAUCAGAGCUAUCACCACAGACCACAAACUAUCCAGAACCUUCUUCACCUCUCCUGUGGGUAAUUUGUGUUUCCACGGCCAGUGUGAAUACUACUGCUCCACAGAGAACCCAGUGUGUGGUCGACCCCAGGUCUUGGAGGUGUCCCUGGCCUCCAUGCUGCCUGACCUCUCCCUGGCCCCCAGACGCUCCUGGAGGUCCCCUUGGAGACGCUCCUACAGCCGCACCAAACUGGCACCAUGGGAGAAGAACCCAGAUUACUGUGACACCGUGAAACAGACUCCUCCAUACAGCCAAGGCACCAGACUGGUGGAUCUAAUUGACAUGGUCGUUCUGGACUUCCUCAUGAGUAAUAUGGACAGACAUCACUACGAGACUUUUGAGAAGUUUGGGAAUGACACUUUCCUGCUGCACCUAGACAACGGGAGGGCGUUUGGGCGUCAUUCUGUGGAUGAACCCUCCAUAUUGGUGCCCUUACAACAGUGUUGCAGGAUCCGUCGUUCCACUCUCAUGCGUCUGCGUCUCCUGUCCCUCCCGGGCUUCCGUCUGAGUGAUGUCAUGAGGGAGUCUCUAUCCCAGGAUCCACUGGAGAGUGUGGCCCCCCUCCUCUCUGUACAACACCUCUCCGUGCUGGACCGUCGUCUGAAAACCAUCCUGCAGGCUGUACACACCUGUCUGGAGCACCAUGAUGACGUUAUCUAUGAUGACCUAGAGGGAUAUGAUGUUAACUUAUACCGGCACUAGACAAUAAUUAAGACUGAACAUCCAUUUACAAAACCAUCACUGCAAGAUGUCUAUCAUUGGAUUCAGCUGUGGUUGAUGAUAAGAUGAUUGUAUUUAUCAAUCAAUCAGUUCAUUAUUUGUGUACAUGCAUGGCACAUUUGAACUGCGUGUGCUGCCUUAUGAAAUAAAAGAAUGCUAAAGUGUUGUAGCAUUACCAGG